CAAACGGUUUUGCUGUCACCGGCCGAUUGUAAAGUUCGGCUUGCCGUUGUCGUGUGGGACAGCUGUGUAUAUUUGUAGCGCCUUUUUGUGCUGUAUUGUUUGAGCUAACUAUUGCCAUUUUCUACAUCGAAGGAAAACGAACCCGAAACCCGUCGAAAAUGUCCCGCAUAAUGAGAAUUGAUGAGAACCAAGUAGCGGGAAACCUAAAUGAAGGAGGAAUGAAAAAAGUAAUGAUCUCCACAAGGCGUCCCGUCUUGGGAGAGCUUGGCAACAAAGUGCUGCGCAACGCAUCCCAAGACUUGGUGGGCAAAGGUGCAGAAAAGGGAGCCGUCUUGAAGAACGCCAACCCGACGCUGAAGAAUAUCAAGCCCCGCGUUGACACUCGAUGGCGGAAGGCGGAUGGUACAGCCGCAGUUGUGGUUCCCAAGAAGCCCAUCACGCGAUCAGAAUCUAUAAAAUCUACAACAGAACCGAAAGCUGUUACCAACGGGGAGGCCGUGAAAGUGCAUGUGCAAUUGAACAAAGGCAACGAGGUGAAGCACGUAACGUUAAAGCGUGAAGACAGCCAGCUGUCGUUGCGGACAUUGGCGAAGCAAAAUCGAAAAGUUCAGCAAAAAAGCGCUCCCAGCAGCAGCGCAUCAUCUUCGGACGAACAUGAAAUAAUCUCGACCACCAAGAAGACCGAAAGGCUAGACACCCAUUCGCAGAAGCUGUUGGAAAGCAUCGAGAACAUCGAUGAGAAUGAUGGCUGGAAUCCGAUGUUGGUGUCGGAGUACGUGAACGAUAUCUACAAAUAUUUGAACCAACUGGAGAGCAGGACCGGAUACGCCUUGCGCGAGAACUUCCUUGACGGCCAUAAGGAAAUCUCACACAAGAUGCGUACGAUUCUGAUCGAUUGGAUCAACGAAGUUCAUCAUCAGUUCAAGCUGGACAUCGACACUUACCACAUGACAGUGUCGCUUAUCGACCGUUACCUACAGAAGGUUAAAACAACUCCCAAGAAGAAGUUACAGCUGGUGGGCGUGACGGCGAUGUUUAUUGCAUCCAAAUACGAGGAACUGUUUCCUCCAGAGAUUCACGACUUUGUGUUCAUCACCGACGAUACAUACCAGAAGUAUCAGAUUCUGGAAAUGGAAAAAGAGAUGGUGAAGGCGUUGGAUUACAAUCUGGGCAAACCUCUUCCAACGCAUUUUCUGCGUCGGUUUUCCAAGGCGGCCAAGGCGUCGGAUGUGAAUCACGUGCUGGCCAAGUAUCUUAUAGAGCUUGCCACCGUUGAUUACAGCACAGCGCAUUACAAACCAUCCGAGAUUGCGGCCGCAGCAUUGUACAUAUCGCUGUAUCUGUUUCCAUUAACUACUACCGAUGGUGAAAGUUGUUUAAUCUGGACUAAAACAUUGGAACAUUACACACAUUACAGCGUUAAGAGCUUGUCGCCGAUCGUACAGCGGUUAGCAAACGUGAUCAAGUCCGUUCCCAAAAUGAUGGAAAAGAAGCUAAAGUCACCCUGGCUGAAGUAUUCUUCUUCCAAAUUUCAGUGCAUUUCGACAAAUCCUAAACUAAAAGGAGCAGACAUUAAUGCUUUAAUUGACAAAGAGCUACCUUUGUAGUAGUUGUAGAAUUUAAAUUAUGUGAAUCUUUGACUAACAGUGCUCAUCACUCUGAAGGACAGUAGUUAUUUUUAAUGUUUUUUUAUUAUUAUUCGAAACGAUAGAACUUUCUGCAGGUCAAGACAAAAAUGAUAAUAUAAUUGUAUAAAAUGUCAAAUGUUCAAUCAGUAAUAUAUUUGUGUAACGUGUGUUGAAGUUUGAUACAGAAAAAGUAUUAAUUUAAUUGUUUGCACCAUCACGCACGAAUUUUGUUUUUGAGUACUCUAGGUAAAUUGAUGUUUACUUCGGUCCGAUGGUACCGACGUCGCCUCUUGAUACGUUAAGACCAUCGUACGUUAACAAAUCGCAUCAGAGAAAUGCAGACGAACUCAAUUGUAUCAAUCACAUUUUCACAAUAAACACGAUAUUCAGGAC